ACUGACUGAGCCAGCCAGGUGCGCCCAAGCUCCUCUUGGACCCUGACCUGUGUGGCCCAGCCACAUGUCCCACCACACAGAGAAAUAGUUUCUUCUGCUCCACCUGGGCCUUCUUCACUUUCUCCCUUGUUCCCAUCCAUUCGUCCUAAACAUAGAGACCUUCCUCACCCAGGGAAGGAAAAAAGGGUCAGAGUUUUUCUUUCUGCCAAGAUGAGCAGCACACAAGCUGAGAAGUUCGUGGUGGGCAUCAUCGAACUAUUUCACAACUACACCAGGCACCAUGACACCAUGGACAAGUCAGCCUUGCUGAAGAUGCUCCAGGAGAAUUUCCCCAAGUUCCUCAAUGCCUGUGACAAAAAGCGCACAGAUUACUGGGCCAAUACCUUUGAGAAAAGGGGCAAGAAUGGGGAUAAGAAGAUUGAGUUUUCCAAGUUUUUAUCUUGCUGGGGGAAUAGCCACGACUUCCACAAACAGAGCCACGGAGCAGCCUCCUCUUCUGGGGGAAGCUGGUGA